AUGUUUGUCCAACGUUGUCGUCACUCCGUUUCCGGUCGUUUGGCCUUGGCUUCCGUUGCCGUCUUGUGCUGCCUGGCUGUUGCCGCCGAGGCUCAAUUGGCCUUCCACACCGAUGCCAAUACCAAUUCGUUUACUUUGAAAACACCUGGAUUACAACAAAGUUUUACACGUUAUUUUGGUGGACAAGGUGCUAACUUGCAACAGCAACAACAACAGCAAGUUCAACAAUAUCAACAACCACAACAAUCCCAGUAUCUGCGGAUCUAUAUUGAUGCAUUUACUGGGAGUUGUCGUCUUCUUUCCCGUGGUGCGAGAUUUCUUGCGUUGUUGGGCCGCCUUACGUCUACGGGCAGCCAUUUGACGGCGUCUACGCUCAACGUCGAAGACAUCGUCGUCAAUGCCAUCUCCUCCACCACCUCCUCCAGUACCACCAUCUCCUCCAUUGCCAGCUCCACCGCCACCAGUAGUACCACCUCCUCCACUUCCCAUUCCUCCCCAGCUGAAACAUGGUAUUCGGGUAGAUAUUUUAUAAAUUCCAACAUAAAUUUGUACACCUCAUUGGCUGCUGGUCAGGCACAACAACAAUAUCAACAACCUCAACCCCAAUAUACCAGUGCUGCUUAUGCUCAACAAUUGGCCCAACAACAACAACAAGCUACUCAAUAUGCCAACUAUGCUGGUGCUGGCGUUCCUGCUCAAGCUGCUGCCUAUCAACCUACCCAGUACGCUCAAACCAUCCAACAAUUGCAACAACGUCAACAAUUAGCUGCUGCCGCUCAACAACCCCAAUAUCAACAAGUCGCUGCCGCUGCUGCCCAACAGGCCCAACAAUCUGCCCAAACUCAAUAUUCUGCUGAUCAAUACAACGCUGCCUACUAUGCCUAUCAGCAACAACAACAAGCUUUGGCUCAACAGCAAUUGGCUCAACAACAACAACAGCAGCAACAACAACAAUUGUACUAUGCCAACCAACAACGUGAGUUGUUGAAACAAUUGUACAGCAAUCAACCAGCUGCCGCUGCCGCUCAACAACAACAAGCUACCGUUGCCCAACAACCCCAGGCCAAUCAAUACUACACCGCCGAACAAUAUGCCGAAUAUUUGAAGCAACAAGCUGCCCAACAACAACAAUUGCAACAGCAACAACAACAAUACCAACCCGCCAGCUAUGCCACCACUGCCACUGUUGCCACCCCCACCACUCCUGCUACCCACACCCAAGCCUACACCACUGCUGCUGCUCCCGCUGAAGCUUCUCCAAUUCCACCACGUAAUGGUUUGGAAAGUGGCCAAUACUCACCCUCCGAUAAGGUGUCUUCCGUCAAAUUCCAAAGUGGCAAUUUGGCCUACAAUUUCUAAGCCACGACA